GGGAAAAUUUGAAUCGCCCUAGUAAUUUUCAGUAAUAAAAGUCACUAAAUUAUCUGGGGUAUUUUAUUUACCCAAUCCUCCCUGUCGCUGUUGUCGAUGUAGAAGUUUAAAGUGCGUGAUGAGCCGCGGAGUUAGUAAUUCUUGUUUUAUAUUUUCUAGCCGGAAUUGAUUUACCUUGUUUAUCCUUACCUUGCGAUUUUUCCUCUGCACUGUGAAUUAUCUACUUAGUCGCUCCUCAUUGCAGAAUGGGAAGCAGUAGUCAGCUGUACAGUCUCUCUUGGGGAGACUUCGGCACGUCGUUAGUGUCAGCAGUGCAACUUCUCAGAGGACACGGAGAUCUGGUUGACGUUACGUUGGCAGCUGGAGGACGUACCUUUUCUGCGCAUAAGAUAGUCCUUUCGGCAGCAAGUCCUUUCCUCCUGGAUCUGUUAAAGAGUACACCUUGUCAGCACCCAGUGGUCAUGCUAGCAGGCAUCGGGGCAGAAGACUUGGAAUCGUUACUCGAAUUCGUUUACCGUGGAGAAGUGAGCGUGGAGCCAUCACAGUUACCAUCUUUACUUCAAGCUGCGCAUUGUUUGAGCAUACAUGGCUUGACUCCGCCUACUAUUGUAACGGAUAACGGGGAGGAAGUACCGCUAUCUAACAUACCAGUGGCUGGCGAAUCAACAGCGAAGGACACAUUAGGUUCGUUCAGUCCCCUAAGAAGAAAGAAGAGAAGAAAAUCAUCUUCAUCUUCGGGAAAGAGGUCACGAGUAGAUAGCAACGUAGACAUUAAAAUGAGGAAUUCGAGCGAAUUUUCUGAAGACAGUGAAACGGUGCAAUACGAUAGGAAAGAGGAUGACAUAAGUAACACAGGAGAUGCUGUAGUGAGUGACCGGUUGGAGUGUACAAGUCUGCGAAGCUUGCAGACGUCCCCUACUCAGCUGCUCCCGAUUCCACCCGAAAACUCUCAUCCCUUGCCAAAUCAAGACCAGAUCUCCGACACCGAACCGCAUUUACACACUCUACUGCCGAUGCAGCCUUAUUCGCCUUUGCACAUUCCAUCGUUUCCUGGAUCGUUAAACAUAGGUUAUCCUAACCUCGCCCUGUCGAUCGGCAGUGGACAGUGUUCUUUACCUGGGUCUACACCAUCGGCCUUAGUACAUGGAGCUGCUGGAUCUUCGAAAAUACGUGGAGCCUCCGAUUGUCCUGGUGUGUGUCCAUUGUGCGGGGCUACCUUGCGACAGGCAAGAAAUUUGAGGAGACAUUUAUUGUCUUCUUGCAAAUAUCGGUUUAGUACGACCCUCACUCAACAAUCAGAGUCAAUGAUGAUAGAAAUCAAGCCAGAAGUUGAGAUACCUGGUUAUACGAUUCAUCCCUCGAAGUUUGAAACAGACACUGCUGGCAGUAAUAGUUGCGAGAAAAUAAUUUGUAAUCCAAGUCCACUUCCAUCGCCGUCUCCUCAUGGGUCGUGCGUUGUAUCACCACAAAGUAACGCUUCCUCGCCAAACGUGACUAGCUGAAAAUCAAGUAACAGGCCUAAGCUCAAAACGAGUAUGUAACGGUGUCACUUAACCAUUGAGCUUUGGUCUGAUUCUUAGCAAACGAGGAUUAACAUUGUUAAACUUCGUGGGAGAUGUAAUCGCAUUUGGGAUCUUUACACGCUGUGCGAUAAUUUUACUAGGAGUUUACCUAUUUUGCAAGCAAUGCGAUUAAAUCGGUGAAUUAUUGGAAUCUUGUGGCGAUAAUACGUCAUGUUGCCAGAUAAAAAAGCUCUUGGAAGAUUCAAGAUCUGAUUUUGAUUAAUUUUUAUGUAAAGUUUAGUUAAUAAGUAAGACAUUAGUGGUUAUAUACAUGUUUAAAUUGUAAGAAUUAAGAGCAGUAGGUUUUACAACUUUUGUUACAAAUCUUUGCGUUAAAUUAAUAUCUCCGUACUUACUAUUAUUCUUACCGUUGCAAUAGAGAUAUUGAACAGA